CUUGCCACUGCUUAGCUGCGCAGCUUCCCAGAGCAAAUCUGCCAGUUUUCCGUCAUUAGCUGCGGUUCGCCGGGUCAUGGUGCCAGCCUGACUGAGAAGAGGACGCUCCCGGGAGACGAAUGAAGAACCACCUCCUCCUGCUGUUCAAGUACAGGGGCCUGGUGCGCAAAGGGAAGAAAAGCAAAAGACGAAAAUGGCUAAAUUUAAGAUCCGUCCAGCCACUGCUUCCGACUGCAGUGACAUCCUUCGACUGAUCAAGGAACUGGCUAAAUACGAAUACAUGGAAGAUCAAGUAAUUUUAACCGAGAAAGAUCUCCUAGAGGAUGGCUUUGGAGAGCACCCCUUCUACCACUGCCUGGUUGCGGAAGUGCCUAAGGAGCACUGGACUCCCGAAGGACACAACAUUGUUGGUUUCGCCAUGUACUAUUUUACCUAUGAUCCAUGGAUUGGCAAGUUACUGUAUCUUGAAGACUUCUUUGUUAUGAGUGAUUAUAGAGGCUUUGGUAUAGGAUCAGAAAUUUUGAAGAAUCUAAGCCAGGUUGCCAUGAAGUGUCGCUGCAGCAGUAUGCACUUCUUGGUGGCGGAGUGGAAUGAGCCAUCCAUCAACUUCUACAAAAGAAGAGGUGCUUCGGAUUUGUCCAGUGAAGAGGGAUGGAGGCUCUUCAAGAUUGACAAAGAGUACUUGCUAAAAAUGGCAGCAGAGGAGUGAGGCGUGCUGGUUUUGAAGAUGACAACCUGCAUUAUACUUUAGAAUAAAUUCUCAAUUUACCUUGCUUUCUAUCUUGUUUGUAGUGAAAUAAUAGAGUGAGCACCCAUUCCAAAGCUUUAUUACCAGUGGCGUUGUUGCAUGUUUGAAAUUUGGUCUGUUUAAAAUGGCAGUCAUGUAUGUGGUUUUGAGGCAGAAUUUUUGGACAUCUUUUGAUGAACAACAAGGUGGUAUGAUCUUACUAUAUAUGAACAACAAAACUUCAUUCUUGUGAGUCAUUUAAAUGUGUACAAUGUACACACUGGUACUUAGAGUUUCUGUUUUGAAUCUUUUUUUAAUAAACUACUCUUUGAUUUAA